AUGUCUUCUUCAGCUGUUCAACUGUCGCGUGAGGCCUCACCUGCGUCAGUGUCGACUCCAGCAGCGUCAAGGACUAUCACAAAAACCUCGGCAUCGACGUCAACGUCGUCCAUGACCCCAAGUUCGGCAAUAUCGGCGAUUUCUGCGGGCAAGUCGGUUCCGGCUGUGUCGCUCACCAUAUGCCAAGCGCCGCGGCUCCAGCGCCAGCUUUUAUUCCAACUGCAAGCUCCAGCGCGGUUGUAG